AUUCUGCACUGUGUACUCUUAUACGCUGCGUUUUUAUGUGCUUGAAUGAACCUAUAUGUAUAAUUUUGUCAAAGCUAUUCGCAGUCGAUGCCCGUAUUUGAACACGAAACUACACCUGUGUCAUCUUUAUCGAGGAUUUGUACAUAGUUAAUUUUUUGCAUAAAGCAAAAUGUCGGAGAUAACGUUAGUAUCGAGUAAUAAGUCCUUUGGAGGAUGGCAGAAAAUUUAUUCACAUGAGAGUACAGAACUGCAAUGUCGAAUGAAUUUUGGAGUUUACUUACCUCCACAAGCUGAAAAUGGCCCUGUACCAGUAAUUUAUUGGCUUUCAGGGUUGACUUGUACAGAAGCAAACUUUAUACAAAAAGCUGGAGCUCAAAAAUAUGCUGCUGAACAUGGAAUUAUAAUUGUAGCUCCUGAUACUAGUCCCAGAGGAGUAAAUAUUCCUGGAGAAGAUGAUUCUUGGGAUUUUGGAUCAGGAGCAGGCUUUUACGUAGAUGCUAAUCAAGAACCUUGGAAAAAGCAUUAUAAAAUGUUCAGUUACAUUACUAGUGAAUUGCCUUCUUUGAUAAAUAACAAAUUUCCUACUAUUAAAGAUAAGCAAUCAAUAAUGGGCCAUAGCAUGGGCGGUCAUGGAGCUUUGAUAUGUGCUUUGAAAUGUCAAGGCCAAUACAAGUCAGUAUCUGCAUUUGCUCCUAUUUGUAAUCCAGUAAGAAGUGUUUGGGGUCAAAAAGCUUUUGCUGGAUAUUUAGGUGGAAAAGAAGGUGAAGAAAACAACCAUUGGAAAGUAUGGGAUGCUACAGAAUUAUCAAAAGUAUAUAAUGGUCCACCACUUGAUAUUUUAAUAGACCAGGGUAAAGAUGACUCGUUUAUGGUUGAAUUGCAACCAGAAAGUCUUAUAACAGCUGUUAAGGAUGCAGAAGCAUUGCAUGUUGUUGUUAGAAUGCAAGAGGGAUAUGAUCACUCUUACUUUUUUAUUGCAUCAUUCAUUGAAGAUCACAUCAAACAUCACGUUAAAUAUCUUAAAAGUUAAUGAAAAUAAUUUGAUACAUUUGUAACAGCAUUGGAUUAUAACUUGAGAUUCAUAUUUACAAUGUACAAUGCCAUGUUUCAUUGAAAAAUUUAGAAUAUAAUUCAAAUUAUGAAUGUUCAACUUUUGAACAUAGCAUAAUUAUGUACAUUUAUUAUAAAAAUUAAAUUUGAUAUACAAUAUUUUAAGACAAUUUUUACAAUAAGUUA